AUGAGGAUUUCACUAUAUAAAUUAUUUAUUUUUGAAGGUGCCGUUGGUGCUACUGGUUUGCCAGGCACAAAAGGCGAACAGGGCUCUACAGGACAACCAGGCGCUAAUGGAUCACCAGGACUCAAAGGCAUCUCAGGCAAUCCAGGUACUCCAGGACAGCAAGGCCUCAAAGGCGCUAUAGGUGCUACAGGUGCCACUGGUGUGCAAGGUCAGGCUGGACCACAAGGGACACCUGGCCAACCAGGUCCAGUGGGGAAUCCAGGUAAUCCGGGUGAUCAAGGUUUGAAAGGUGACCCAGGGGCUCAAGGUCAAUCAGGAAACCCUGGACCAGCUGGUGAUGUUGGAGCGCCAGGUUUGGCAGGUCAACAAGGUCCUCAAGGUCCAACUGGUCCCAAAGGUCAACAAGGUCCAAAAGGUCAACAGGGUUCAAGAGGAGAUGCUGGUUUUGUUGGGCCAGUUGGACCUACA